AUGUCAACAACAGAGAACACAACAACUGCUAUCGUUCAUGAAGCUAUAAAUGAAGAAUAUGAGUACAUACAGUUUAACAAACAACUCCGUCUCAUUCGUUCGGUCAAAGACGAUAUGUACCAAAUGCAAAGUAUUUUGACAGCAUGUUUUGCUCCAGAUACUAAGCUUCCUAAAGACUGGUUUAGGAACCAAAGCACACAAGAACUUUUGAGCGAAGCACAGCGAGACAUACUUUUUUCUGAAAACAGUGAAGAACAGCGAGUAGGUAAAAAACCCCAGUCGCCAAAACUCUAUGAAAAUCGUGAAAAAUUGCCAAACGGUUUAAGAGGAUAUUAUGUACAUAGACUUCUUGUAAAUGCUGUUGCAAUGUGGGCUUCGCCUCGUUAUGCUUGGUAUAUUUACAGACUUCUUGACGAAAUUCAUAGACAAGAACGUGAAGAGCUAGAGAACAAGCUUGAAGCAAAAGAUGAAGUCAUUGAAGCAAAAGACAAAAGCAUUCAGAAAAGAAUACCACGUUCGGUACCAAAAGGAAAGGAAAAGAACUAUAAGUAUAUGAUUUAUACUGAAGAGAUGGAAAAUGAAGAAGAUAAAGAUAUGGUUAUGUUGCAUUUAGUCAGAAGAAACAACAAAAGCUUUUACGACCUUGCUAAGAUUUACAAAUCUGACAGAAAUUGGUUCUAUCGCGAAAACUUACCGAUUUCAAUGACCCCAAAUGAAGAUGUGAAACAAAUAGUUCAAGAUACUUUACCUCAAACACACUAUGAUAUGAAAGGUUGUACAAUACUUACCUUCAAAGAAGAUUUGCCAUUGUUAAAGGAAAAAAUAACAGAGUAUUUUGACAACUUCAAACAAGUAGGGUAG